CGUCACAUCCCGCCAUCAGCUGUUGACAAAACGCUGCCUCACCGACUGCUGGAUGAUCAAAUCGUAAUAAACCGAAUAUGGCGAGUUCAGCUUGGCAUCUCUCUCUGAAAGUCAGCGACAAACCCAAAGCAUUGUUCCAGUUUCCAGAUCCUGAACCUGGAGAUGCUCAUCCAGGAGGAUAUCAGGUGUCCACGCUCAAACAGCUGAUCUCAGUGCAGUUAUCAGACUCUCUGCCCGACCCAGACCUCAUCGAUUUUGUGCACUGUGGCUGUGUGCUGAAGGAUGAUCUUACAUUAGACUCUUACGGCAUCAAGUCUGGAUCAACUCUGCAUAUCAUCAAGAAGACGUGGCCGGAGCCGGAGAUCCAGCCUGAGCCCGUCAACAAAUCUGCAGCCGCCAGAGAGUUCAGGAUGCUUCAGGCCGCGAUGCUCUCCAAUGCAACAUACAGAGAAGCGGUGUUUAAGAUGCUGGCCAAUAAAGAGUCACUGGACCAGAUCAUCGUGGCUUCUCCAGGCCUCAGUUCAGACCCGGUCGCUUUAGCUGUGCUUCAGGAUAAAGAUCUGUUCGUUCAGUUCACAGACCCAAACCUGCUGGACACGUUGAUCAGGUCUCACCCGUCGCUGGUGAACGCCAUUAUAUUAAUCCUGCAUUCAGUGACCAGCAGCUCCGGUCAGUCCAGCAGCGGCUCCUCACGCAGCACAGCGGCCAGUUCAUACAGCCAGAUGCCUGGAGGAUUUCUGUUUGAGGGCAUGUCAGAUGAUGAAGACGAUUUCCAGUCGGCUGGACGCGGCGGCUUCUCGUGGCCCCUGAGACCGUCUGCGGGGUCCAGACCGGGGACUCUGGCUCACAGCGGAGCCGCGGGGCCUCGACCAAUCACACAGAGCGAACUCACACACGCUCUCGCUUUAGCCAGCACACCUGAGGGCAGCGGCACUGCUCCAGCACAGGACGGGUCUGCGACUGGAGCUCCAGUCAGCAGUGGUCUCUUCAGCCAUGCUCUGCAGCAGGCACUACAGGCCUCUGGUGUGAGCUCAGUUCAGCAGGGCCGCUGGCAGCCACAGAUGCAGCAGUUGAGGGAUAUGGGCAUCCAGGAUGAAGAAGUGGCUCUGCGUGCUCUGACCGCCACUAAUGGAGAUCUGCAGGCUGCGCUGGAGCUCAUCUUUGCUGGAGGACUGUAGUCUGACACACAACACACACUUUAGUUUUACUAGACCGUUUUUUACUUUUGUCCUAAAUAAAGCUUCAUAGUAGGA